AGAGCUGAGAAGUCAGCACAGACGCUCAAGAAUUUUCCUUCCUCCUCUCCUGAAGUUACAACGAAAAAUAACGACAGUCAGAUCAGCCGGCGGCUCUCUGGCGUCUCAACUUCAACCUCCUCCGACCAAGAGGGGGUUCCUUGUCUUGGGGGGAGGAGGCGAGAAGCAAGAGGACGCGACCAGGCGAGAUCCCCGUAGACCGGGGCCGCCUCUCUCGGCUUCCGAAGCUGCGCGCGGCGCCCCGGGGGCUCCUUCUCGCGGCCGGCGGGCGGCGGCAGCGGCUGCGAUUCGCAGGCUCGAGAUCCGUUGCCCCGAGAUCCGCUGCCCGCGACUUACCUCCUGGCACCUCGAAGCACGAGGGUCAGGGGAGCUUUGCAAAGAGCAGGAGAGAGUGGAUGCGAGGAGGUGGCGGUGAGAGGGCGAGAAGAGGAGAAGGGAAAGGAAGGAGCCGAGCCGGGGAGCCGGGCUGGCAGCCGCCACGGGAGGAAUCUGAGUGUGCAGCCGGCGCGGGGGGAGCGGCGGCCGCCGCGGAGGAGGCGGCGGCGGCGGCGGCGGCAGCGGCGCGGGCGGGCGGGCGGCGGCGCGGACGCCUGCAGCUGGGCAGCAGCGCGCGGCGCGGAGCGGCGGUGGCGGGCAGCGCGCGGCGAUGCUGGCCUCGGGGCUGGACUGCUGAACCCACUCGGCUCCACCGCCGGACUCGAACUGGGAGGGGGCGCCAGCGCACCCAGGACGCGGUGCCCCACGGGAACCCCACUACAAGCUGCUGCAAACUGAAGCCUCCCGCCUCCCCGGGCCAAACACAUCCCGGUGCCCGUUCGCAGCUGCCAUCCCGGGUGUUCCAAAGGCUCCGGCAAGAUCUGCGCCUCCCGGGUCUCCCCACCCGCCAACCCGAUUGCUCCGCACCGCCACCUCUGGCUCCCGUCAGACUCCGCCCGGCAGUCGGCUUCAUCGAACUUGAUUUCUCACCUCCUCAGCCCCAUCACCUCCAGCCCCUUUCCCCCGUCUCGCCUCCACCCCCCCAAUUUCCUCCUCCUCGCCCCUCAUUUCCACCCUCCUCCCCCUCCCCCGGCCACUUCGCUAACUUGUGGCUGUUGUGAUGCGUAUUCCCGUAGAUCCGAGCACCAGCCGGCGCUUCAGCCCCCCCUCCAGCAGCCUGCAGCCCGGCAAGAUGAGCGACGUGAGCCCGGUGGUGGCUGCGCAACAGCAGCAGCAGCAGCAGCAACAGCAGCAGCAGCAACAGCAGCAGCAACAGCAGCAGCAGCAGCAGCAGGAGGCGGCGGCGGCGGCAGCGGCGGCGGCGGCGGCCGCGGCGGCCGCGGUGCCCCGGUUGCGGCCGCCGCACGACAACCGCACCAUGGUGGAGAUCAUCGCUGACCACCCGGCUGAACUCGUCCGCACCGACAGCCCCAACUUCCUGUGCUCCGUGCUGCCUUCGCACUGGCGUUGCAACAAGACCCUGCCCGUGGCCUUCAAGGUGGUAGCCCUCGGAGAGGUACCAGAUGGGACUGUGGUUACCGUCAUGGCGGGUAAUGACGAAAAUUAUUCUGCUGAGCUCCGAAAUGCCUCUGCUGUUAUGAAAAACCAAGUAGCAAGGUUCAACGAUCUGAGAUUUGUGGGCCGGAGUGGACGAGGCAAGAGUUUCACCUUGACCAUAACUGUCUUCACAAAUCCUCCUCAAGUUGCCACCUAUCACAGAGCUAUUAAAGUUACAGUGGAUGGACCCCGGGAACCCAGAAAUCCCAGGCAGACGCAGUCUUCCCCACCGUGGUCCUACGACCAGUCCUACCCCUCGUACCUGAGCCAGAUGACGCCCCCGUCCAUUCACUCCACCACCCCGCUGUCCUCCACCCGGGGCACCGGGCUGCCUGCCAUCACCGACGUGCCCAGGCGCAUUUCAGAUGAUGACACUGCCACCUCUGACUUCUGCCUCUGGCCUUCCACUCUCAGUAAGAAGAGCCAGGCAGGUGCUUCAGAACUGGGCCCUUUUUCAGACCCCAGGCAGUUCUCAAGCAUUUCAUCCCUCACUGAGAGCCGCUUCUCCAACCCACGAAUGCACUAUCCAGCCACCUUUACUUAUACCCCGCCAGUCACCUCAGGCAUGUCCCUCGGUAUGUCCGCCACCACUCACUACCACACCUACCUGCCACCGCCCUACCCCGGCUCCUCCCAAAGCCAGAGCGGACCCUUCCAGACCAGCAGCACUCCAUAUCUCUACUAUGGGACCUCGUCAGGAUCCUAUCAGUUCCCCGUGGUGCCCGGCGGGGACCGGUCUCCUUCCAGAAUGCUACCGCCGUGCACCACCACCUCGAACGGCAGCGCGCUCUUAAACCCAAACCUGCCUAACCAGAGCGACGGCGUUGACGCCGACGGAAGCCACAGCAGUUCCCCCACCGUUUUGAAUUCUAGUGGCAGAAUGGAUGAAUCUGUUUGGCGGCCCUAUUGAAACUUCCUCAGCAGUGGCCCAGCGGGGUCUCUGGGAGCCACGUCCCAAAUGUAUCGACAUAUACAUAUAUAGAGAGAGUGCAUAUAUAUGUAUAUCAACUAGCCUAUCUACAAAGUGCCUGUUUUUUUAGAAGGUUCUUUUUUUUUUUUUUUUUUUUUUUGGCAUUCACUCACUCUGUCAUGAUCUUGCAACCCUCAGAGGGUAGCUCUUGAGAAGCAAGAGGCCCGAGAGAGACAAUCCUAAUCAGAUUUCAGAUCAUUCUCUAUUUAAACAUGUGCCUUUGCGAGCAAACAAAGGAGAAAAGGUACUUCUGUUGCUGUGGUCAUUUGGUCUGUUAUCCUCAGUAACCUGUUCAGAUGCCAGUUCAGAGAGGGGGGACUCCCAAGUUCAGGAGGAAGAGCAGAGACGCUUGUCCCCUGUGCUUUGACACCACACACCCCCGCGGUGCCGCUGUGUGUGGACCAGUGCCCUCGGCAGACCCGCUGACACAGCCGGGCCAGGUGCCCACGAAGGGAAGAGGGGCAGAAAGAACGCUUCCGUCCCCGUGCCAUCCAUUCAGAGUAACUGUUCCAAACGUUGGCUUUCACACUUGCUGCAAGUACUCAUUUGAACUGUUUGGUUCAGUUGUUUUUUAUUUUAAUUUUUUUCCUACUUUAAGAAAGUGACUUCAGAAAGUACCGAUCAGGAUAGAUUACUUUAUUUUACCUUUUUAUACUUUUCUUUUUUUUUCCUUUUCCCAUUUAACCAAAAAGAAAUCCGAUCCCGGACUGCCCCCUUCCCACCUAACCCCUUCUUCUUUUAUGCAAAACUGAAAAUGGCAAUACCUUAUUAUAGCCAUAAUGGUAGAGAUAGUGUUUGCGUUUGGCUGUGUGUUAUUUGUCUUCUUUUUUUUUUUAAAUUAUGAAUAUGUGUAAAAUCUGAGGUAACUUGCUAACGUGAAUGGUCAUAUAACUUUAAAGAUAUAUUUAUAAUUAUUUAAUGACAUUUGGACCCUUGAAACAUUUCUUAGUGUAUUGAUAUGUUGACUUCGGUCUCUAAAAGUGCUCUUUAUUAAAUAACAAAUUUCUUCAGUGGGCUAGAGCCAUAUCUGAAAUAUUGCUAAGCAAUUUCAGUUCAUCCAGACACAAUGUGAUUUUUAAAAAUACUUCCAUCUCCAAAUAUUUUAGAUGUAGCUUGUUUUUGUGAUGUAUGAAGGAAAUGUUAUGUUUAGUUCUUUUCAGAUCUUUGAUUGCCUCUAACACAGCUUUGCCUUUUAAAAAGCAAUAAUCAGAGAUUUAAAAAAAAGCAACCCUUAGUCCUUUAUCACUUACGUUGCGCUUUGUCGGCAUGAAAUGCUGGAGUGAUGUGGUUUCCUAAUUUCUUUGAAAUAAUGAUGACUCUUGUCAUAUUAAAAAGACAAGCACAAGUGAAUCCUUGAACUGCAGAACAAUGUUCUGUGGUUUCAUAGUUAAAGCAAAACUCGACAUCACCAGUGAAGACGUAGUCAGCUUAAAGCCACACAAGUGGCUGAAGGAUCAGUCGUGAUACACACGGUACAGGAAAGCAAAACUGCCCCAGGGAGCGUUACCCAAAACGCCUUACCAAACAGUAAGUCAGGGAAACCCAAAUCUGCCUUAGCCCGGGGCCCACUGGCAGCUUCCCACAGAAUUUGCAUUUAAAGGAGCAGAGUUAAGUCCUUGUCUUCCGGGAGCAGGGUCGUCUGAAGGAGCAGGCAGGUUCCAGCAGGCAGCUGAUCUGAGAACAUAUAGGCAGUGGGGACCCAGAAUAGAGCCUCUGAUAUUCAUAUUUCUCACCGUGGGGGGGCGAAGGGAAGGCAAAGCUAGGUGGAAUUUGGUGUCUACUACUGCGUAUGAAUUUGAGCCGAAGCCCUCCUGUCGGAUGCACUUUGACCACUCCUGGCGGCCACGUGGCAGAUUCUCAAGUGUGGAUCCUUGAUCCAAGCCAGGACCACUUCACGACCCUACCAGGCAGAUCCCCACCCACCUCCCCCACAGGUCAGGGCCCUUUCAUUUAAAGCUUGUGCCCGCCGCCAGGCAGAACCUUAUAGAGAUUUGCCUCCAGCCCCAGAGGCCCCUUGCUCCCCGGUCAUCCAUCGUCCAGCCCACCUCAUAGAGCACCAAGCAUCUUGGGACGGCUCGUGGGGCAUUGGACCUGUGCUCCUCGCCUGGGAAUUCACCCUGACUCCUCCUAAUAAAGAUCGAGGGGAAAACCAAGCCCAACCAAAACAAAACACUUUGCCUUCUAAAGGUUGUAUACCAAGUAUGCUUAGAUAAAUAGGCCACUUUUCUAUUACUGAAGAUGGAAGUAGUAAUUGAUACUAUUUAUUAUUUGUGUGUGGUAGCUUGAAGCAAGCCACUGUCCAUUUAUUUGUAAGUGUAAAAUAUGUGUGUUUGUUUCAGUAGCACUUAAAAAAGCCAGUGUCUGGUUACACAUUUCAAUCUUAAUUAAUUGACAGAAAAAAAUGUUACUGCCAGUGCCAGCUGUACCCUAUUUAAUAAAAAAGGUACUAUAUCUGUACAUUCUUUUUUAAUGUUGAAAGGGCUUUUUUAAGUUUACAGUACACAUACUAAGUGACUUGAGGGAUGCUUUUGUGUUGAAAUGUUAGUAUAGUGGCUGCAGGCAGCAACCCAGAAACACUUUAAAAGUUUUCUUUUUUUUCCUUGGGAAAAAUUCAAGCACUUCUUCCUUCUCCCCUCACUCAAACCAUUCCAAUGGGGUAAUUUACAUUUCUUAGAUCAAAUUCAGCCCUUUUUUAGCCCGGGGGUUAAAUUUUUCUAUCUUCUUUUUUUUUUUUUUAACCAAAUCCUUAAUUUGCACUGGGUCACGUGUAUGAUUUGUGAUUUCAAGACCAAAGCAAAGCCUUACUGCUACUGUGGAACCAUGAACUAGCCAGCACUCUACUUCCUUCAGAUUAAAAAGGCAUGGUUUACAGUGUGACCAAUACAGCCACUUUUUUAACCUGUUCUAACCUAUGUCAGAGUUCCAGAACAGGUACCGAAGCUUUAGUUUUUUUGUGUGUGAAAUGACAUCCAGGUUGGAACUGAAAGACUCAACAGUAUCAGCUGUGGUUCGCUCUUCAGGCCGUCUUACCCCCACCAGGGCCUUUUAAAAGUGAGCAGAGAACUGUACACCAUUGGGGCCCGUCCAUUGCAGAUUCAGAGGGGAAGAGAUGUGUGUGCUGGCUGAAAGAGUUCCCUCCAUUCCCAGGAAAGGGACUGACUCAGAGUCUAGGUGAAUACAUGGAAACACAAAGCAUUAGCAAAAAGAAUAAUUAUACCUAUGACAUUCGAAAGAACCAUAAUAAAUAAAAUAAAUAAAAGACGACUCUUCCAAACCUUGAAUUUGUUGUUCUUAAAAAGAUAACACAUUUGAAACAUAUUUUCUAUGUGAGAAUUUUUUAGAUGUUUGUUUACUUCAUGUUUACAAAUAACUGUUUGCUUCUUUAUGCAGUACUUUGAAGUAUAUCAGCCAAAACCAUAACUUACAGUAAUUUCUUAGGUAUUUUGAAUAAAAUUCCAUUUUUUUUGGAUAUGCUUUACCAUUCUUAGAUUUCUGUGGAACAAAAAUAUUUGUAGCAUUUUGUGUAAAUACAAGCUUUUCAUUUUUAUUUUUUUCCAGUCGCUGUUGCCCAAGAUUUGCUUUCCGUGCACAUAUUGUACAAAUUCUGCUUUGUGCCACAGGUCAUGAUUGUGGAUGAGUUUACUCUUAACUUCAAAGGGACUAUUUGUAUUGUAUGUUGCAACUGUAAAUUGAAUUAUUUGGCAUUUUUCUCAUGAUUGUAAUAUUAAUUUGAAGUUUGAAUUUAAUUUUCAAUAAAAUGGCUUUUUUGGUUUUGUUA